AUGGGGAUGGCCGCGUACGUGGACCCGGUCCUCGGCGUCCCCCUCCGCCGCGUGCUCCUCUACGUCGUCGUCCUCCUCGGCUCCAACCUCGCCACAUUCCUCUUUUCCUCUUACUCCUACUCCUGCGCGCCGCCCGUCACCGCCGCGCCGGUGACGACGACGGCUUCAAGUCCAAGGACCGUCCCCGUCCCGGAGCAGCAGCCGGAGCUCCCGCCGGAGUUCCACGCGUUCGUGGGGCCGCACGCGCUGCCGUACGGGCGCAACCCAAACUGGGGCACCGCCGAGCUGCGGCCGCCGGCGGGCCACCCCUGCCUGGCCUUCCCGGAUAUGCUCGCAGCCUUCAUGUCGUACCCCGUCAACGGCUCCUGCCCCGAUGACGAGCUCCCCGCGCAGCGGCUCCUCCUCCGCGGCUGCGAGCCCCUGCCGCGCCGGCGCUGCCGCCCAGCCGCGCCGGCCGACCCGGCGCCGCCGCCGCCCCUCCCGGACGCGCUCUGGUCCACGCCGCCCGACCGCCCCGUCCACUGGUCCGCCUACAAGUCCUUCCGCUGCCUCGUCGACCGCGCGCGCUCCCCGCGCUUUGACGACUGCAAGGACUGCUUCGACCUCGCCGGCCGGGAGCGCCGCCGCUGGCUCAACGCCACCGCCAGCGGCAGGAAGGAGAACAACCCGCUCGACUUCUCCAUCGACGAGGUGCUCGCGUCGGCGUCCCCGCCGGGCUCCGUCCGGAUCGGGCUCGACAUCGGCGGCGGGUCCGGCACCUUCGCCGUGCGCAUGCGCAAGCGCGGCGUCACCGUGGUGGCCACCACCGUCAACCUCAACGGGCCCUUCAGCGCCGUCGUGGCCGCGCGCGGCGUCGUGCCGCUCUACGUGAGCGUCGCGGCGCGGCUGCCCUUCUUCGACAACACGCUGGACGUCGUGCACUCCAUGCACGUGCUCAGCGGCUGGAUGCCGCCCGCGGCGAUGCAGUUCGCGCUGUUCGACGUGUACCGGGUGCUCCGGCCCGGCGGGCUGUUCUGGCUCGACCACUUCUUCUGCCGGGAGGAGGAGAUGGCGGCGUACAUGGAGGUGGUGGAGAGCGUCGGGUUCGGCAAGCUGAGGUGGGUGACGGGGAGGAAGCUCGACAGGGGGCCGGAGAGGAAGGAGACGUACCUCUCGGCGUUGCUAGAGAAGCCGCUCAGGAACUCGUGGCGACUUCCAUGAUCCAUCGAAUUCUUGACCCAAGGACGAGGUGUGAUUGUGUGAA